AUGACGACGGCGAGGACGGCGGCGUGUGUGCUGGCGGUGUGGGUGCUCGUUGCUGCGGGUCUAUCUAACCUGGGCUCCGCCCACGCGCCCCCGGCCAGCAGCAAGCCACAGCGGGAGUUCGACUACUUCGCGCUCUCCCUGCAGUGGCUCGGCACCAUAUGUGCCUCCACCCGCCACUGCUGCGCCAGCAACGGCUGCUGCCGGUGA